UGGCGGAAAUGUAAACAUUACUACACGCACUUUGCACGUUUUUAAAUCAUAAUUAUAAUUUUUUGUUAUAUUUAUUUAUUGAUUAUCAUGGAUUCAUGGAAAGAAAUAGCGAUUGAUAAUAAAAAAUAUUUAAUUUCUACUUUCAAUAAUAAAAAUCAAUGGAAAAUAAUGUUGACUGAUUUUCGAGAGUUAUUUACUGAGUUGUUGUCGAUGGAAAAAAUAACAAACCAAUGCCAAGAAUUAAAUCCACUAUUAAGUAUUGAGGACUUUGACAUAACAUCAAUAGUUGAAGACUUACUGACAAAUUUACCAGAAUUUUUAUCUGAAAAAUCGUCGACAUCAAGGUUGGAACUGACAAAAAAAAUCGAAGGGGGUAUUUUUAAAUUCGUUGUCGAUUUGAAGGCAUGUAAGGACAGCGAUGAGUUUUUUGAAGUAAUUACCAGGCCUCUUUGUCUGGGUAUCGUUGAGCUCAAACGAGAAAACGAUAUUAUUAUUCAUGAGAUAAUUAAAAAAGACGAUGAAAUCAGGGAAAUUGAAAGAACGAAUGAUAUUUAUUUUCGACUUCAUAAGAGAACAAGGGUGUUUUAUAGAUCGCAUUUGCCCCCCGUAAAGUCUAAUUACGAUCAGGAUGAGCUUUAUCGAAGUUUUGAAAAUUUUUUUCAUGAAAACGGAGGAUUGUUCAGAAAAGUUUAUGUCAAAGAUGAUGACAGUGUUGGAGAAAAUGAAGAACAAUUAGAGAAUCCUGAUGAUACAAAUCAGCUGGAGGAAAAUAAUGAAAUUGAAAAGAGUGUCAAAAUUUCUGAUGAGAAUAAUGAAAAUAAUUCAACUGAUCCAGGAAUGGUUGAAAUUUCUGUAGAUAUUGAUAAUAAUCACAAAAAUAAAGUUGUCGAAAAUCCAGAGGCUGAAAAAGAUGUUCAGAAGAAUCCGAAGCGUCCAAGUGGAUUAAAACCUGAUUUGAGGAGCAGUAAGCGUAUUAAAAAAAAAUUGAGUGAUUUUAUAUCGUAAAAUUUUGAUUGAAAUAAAAAUUUAUUUUUUAUGUA